AUGGUGGUAACAGGUGCUCACUUAAAUAGCCCGAGCAGUUCAAAUGGCCAAUCCAACACACCACGCUUGGCUGGUCCAAGUUUUUUGGGAACGUCAUAUAUAAUCAACAGUUCACUUGAGGAAGAAGAUGCACAACAUAUACAACCAGAAUUGUCAAAUAAAGGAACAAGAGUCGUUGGUUUUGGUAGUGCUGGUAUUAGAGCUUUGAUGUAUCAAUUGACCUCUUUAUAUCUAAGAACGCCACCUGCCAAACUAUUUAGGCCCACAAGAAUAGAUUAUAUGGCAAUAACUAGAUUAUUUGUUCAUGGCUCAAUGACACAAACCACUAAAAGACCAUACAAUUUUUAUAAAGACUCUUCUAUUGGUGUCUUUGUAUCAGCUAUCAAGAAAUUUGGUUGGAGAUUCAUCCCUGAUACUAUUUUACCCCCAUUAAUUGCAAAUUCGGCCACUGGUGUUGUAUUGUACACUACAUACCUGGUUAGUUUACAACAUUUUAAUGGAGAAAAGAAAAAUUUCUUGGAAGAUCCUUCUCCAAUUGAUACUUUGAGAGCAGGUUUUGUUGCUGGUACUUUCCAAUCAAUGGCUGCUGCUCCAAUUGAUGCAAUUUAUACAAGAUCUUCUGCUAAUGAAUUGUUAAAAGGUCAACAUGAAAAUUUGUGGAAAUUUGGAUUGAAAAAACUACAUGAAAUUGGUGUUUCUGGUGUAUUUGCAGGGUAUGCCUUAAGCUUCAUGAAGGAAAGUAUUGGAUUUGCCAUAUAUUUCUGCUCUUUUGAAACUAUAAAGAAUCAAGGUUACCAUUUCACAAGAGAUGUCUUUAUAAAUUUCAAAUAUUAUAAAGAAAAAGUGAUGAGUCCCUACCAAUUCAAAUUGUCUAAAGAAGAAUAUACUAAAAAGGUGGAACAAGAGAAAAAAUUCAAAUUUUUGAAGACUUCAUUUGUAUUUCUAGCAGGUAUGACAGCAUCAUUAUCAUUACAGAUCAUUCAAUAUCCAAUAACCAAAAUACAAAAUAUCCACCUUUCAAGAUUAGAAGCAUUUGAUAUAUAUGGAACAUCAUUACCAAAUCGCGGGAAACCAAUAACAAGAUCCAGGAUGCUAACUAUUUAUUACAACACUUACUUGGAUACAUUAGAGCAUGUGCUGUUUAUACAAUCAAAUUCCAAGUUGAGUUGGUAUGACUGGCUAUAUAGAGGGUUUAGAAGACAUGCUCUGUCGACAAUACCGGCGACUACCAUUGGGUUGGUUGUUUUAGAAGCUUUGAGAAAUAAACUGGCAGUCGAGAUUGAACCACUUGCUCCAUGA